AUUUACUAUGUUCAUAUAAAAAAGAAAAAGUAAAUACGUCACGUAUAGCUAAUAUUUAAAUUUAUUCCUCUCAUAUUUAACAAAUAUUCCUGGAUUUAUAAAACAAGCGAUAUAUCAAUUUAUUUCAUUAAUUUUUUUUAUCAUUUGUAAAUUACAAAUUAAAAUGCUAUUUAGAUAAAUUCAAAAUGCGAUCAAUAAAAAGUUAGCCCCCUCUCCCAAAAAAAAGAAUAAAUUAGUAAAUUAUAAUACUAUCGUUGUUAUCAGAUUUUAUAUUAUUAUGUAACACUAUAGGACAAAGGUUAAAUAGGUCACUGUUCAAACAUACGUUCGAAUAUUUUUUAUAUUAAGCUCACAAGAAAAAAAAAGAAUAUGCCUGAAAACAUCAAUCGUUCGGGCCCAUUCAUAGGAGCAAUUGACGAAGGGACGAGUAGCGCUAGAUUCUUAGUGUUUGAUGUUUUACGUAGAAAAGUGAUAGUAUCUCAUCAAAUUGAAAUUAAACAAAAAUAUCCACAAGAAGGAUGGGUGGAACAAGAUCCAAAAGAAAUAUUACAAGCAGUUAUAGAAUGCAUAAAAAAGACCAUAGAAAAGUUAAAAGACAUUGGCAUGAGUGCAUCAGAUAUUAAAGCAAUUGGGAUCACUAAUCAACGAGAAACUACUUUAAUGUGGGAUAAAAAUACAGGAGAACCAUUGCACAAUGCAAUAGUAUGGUUAGAUAUGAGAACUACCACAACUUUAGAAGAUAUAUUAGAUAGUGUACCUAAUAAAACAAGGAACAAAAAUUAUUUGAAACCUCUUUGUGGUCUUCCAAUGUCACCAUAUUUCAGUGCUCUCAAAAUACGUUGGCUUAUUGAUAAUAUACCACGUGUUAAACAUGCAGUAGAUGAAGAAAAAUGUGCUUUCGGGACAAUUGAUACAUGGCUUAUAUGGAAUCUUACCAAAGGGCAAUUGCAUGUAACUGAUGUUUCAAAUGCAUCUCGUACAAUGUUGAUGAAUAUUGAAUCAUUAAAAUGGGAUCCUCUGUUAUGUCGAUUUUUUGGAAUUCCGCAACAUAUCCUACCUGAAAUACGGUCUAGUGCUGAAGUAUAUGGAACGAUUUCCAAUCCAGAAGUUCUUGCUGGUGUACCUAUAGCAGGCUGUGUAGGUGAUCAACAAGGAGCACUUCUUGGUCAAUUAUGUUUAAAGCCUGGACAAGCAAAAGCUACUUACGGAACUGGUUGCUUCUUACUUUAUAAUACUGGAAAUGUUAAAGUAGAUUCAACUCAAGGCCUUAUUACAACUAUUGCAUAUAAAAUAGGUAAAGAACCUGCAAUUUAUGCAUUAGAAGGCUCAGUAGCUGUAGCUGGAGCUGCUUUAUCAUGGUUACGUGAUAAUAUACAGUUAUUCAAUAAUAUUACACAAUCUCAAGACAUGGCAGAACGUGUGAGAAAUUCUGGAGACGUAUAUUUUGUACCUGCAUUUUCUGGUUUAUACGCGCCUUAUUGGCAACAAGAUGCAAGAGGAGUAAUUUGUGGUAUCACUGAAGAUACGCAACAGUAUCACAUUGUCCGAGCAGCAUUAGAAGCUGUCUGUUUUCAAACGAGAGAUAUCUUAGAAGCUAUGAUAAAAGAUUCCGGAACAAAAUUAACAACUUUACAAGUUGACGGUGGAAUGACUGUAAAUAAUUUACUCAUGCAAUUACAAGCUGAUUUAACGGGAAUAAGUGUUGUAAGACCCAAUAUGGUAGAAACAACAGCUUUAGGAGCAGCUAUAUUAGCCGGUAUCGGAGCAAGUAUUAUCGAUAUCAGCGAUGUAGAUGCUUCGCAAGUUACGAAGUUUUCACCCGAAAUUGGAGAAGAUGGUACUUCUUUUGAAUGAAAUAAUUGCAAAAGAAAAUAAAUUAAUAAUAAUUUCAUAUAUCUACAUUUCAGAAAAAGAUUUAAGGUAUUCUAAAUGGAAAAUGGCUGUUGAAAGAUCUAUGAAAUGGGAUUCUUCUACCGCUUUAAUAAACAAUUAAAAUAAAAAAGUACAUCUGUAAAUAAUAAAAAUAGUAAUAAAAAAAUAACAUUUAGAUCAAGGAGUAUUUAAAAAGUAAAUAUUAUCUUAUUUAAAUUAGACUACAAGUAAGUAUAUAGAUUCGAUUAAAUAUUGUAUAUUAUUUUAUUUAAAUAUGAACACAAUUUGAGAAGUGAUAAAAAUAAGAGAUCUAAUAUUAUAUGUAUCAUAUGUGUAAUAGUUAAAAUAGUUAUACAUAAGUUGUGUAUCCAUUUAUAAAGUAUCAUGUAUAUGUAUAUAUUAAUUGGAUAUUUCUUAUUAAUUUCAUAUUAAAAAAAAAUUUUUUGUGAAUAAUUUUUAUACGUUAAUUUAUUUUUUACUAACUGUGUCUCUCAAAAUUAAAAUGCAUAUUUGUACAACUUAUAUAGCAUAAUUUUAUCAUUAGUAGUAAACAUAAAUAAAUCAUAUAUAUUGAACAAUUUCCAAACAAUAUAGAACAUAUAGAACAAAUAGAAUAUGUAUUAAACAAUUUCAAAACAACAUAUAGAACAUAUGUAUUAAACAAAAAAAUAAUUUCAAAAAACAUAUUGUUGAAAUUUGAAAUUAUAAUUUUCUUUUUUAAUAAUCUUACAUGGUAAUAACAUCUUAUAAAAAUUUAUUUUUUUGAUAUUUUUCCAGGAGUUCCGUAUUGGAGGUUUUUUGGAGUUACGUAUUGCCGUAAUCCAAUCCCACGAGUUUUAAAUAUUCUUUUUCUCGUGGUCGAAUUAUUGUUAUCCUAUUUACAUGAAAUAAUAUCAUAUUUACAGAAAAUAAUUUUUUCAAUCCUAUAUAAAAUAUAUAAAACUGCAAGAAACGUUUUUUUUUUUUAAAUAUUACCUUAUUUUCCUUCUUCUGUUUUUCUUCUAUCUGUGUAUUCGAGUGUGUUAUAUUCUUAUCACGAAAAAGAUAAGAAUGACUUUCUGUAGAAUCAGAAACCUAUAAAAAUAAUAUUAUUUUUGUAUUAUAUUAUUGUAUUAUAUUAUCAAAAAGAAUAAUUUUGAAUAACUCCAUUUUUGUUGGAAACUUUAAAUUGAAUUAUCUUUUUUUUAUUUUACUUUAUUGGUGAUAAUAUCUAUAAUUACAUAAAUUCAAAAUAUUAAAUCGAUUUGUACAUAUAAAAUUAUCUUAACUUACAUUUGACAAUUCAUCGUUAAAUUUUAUGUUAGUAAAGCUAUACACAUCUUGUUCCAGAUUCGAUAUUUCGUUCUUAUCUUUGGAUAUAAUUUUUGAUUUAUCUACAUUUUUUUGGUCUUGAAAUUGUUCUUCUUUCAUUUCACAAACCUGACUUCUUUGUGAUUGACUUUCUAAUUCUUUAACUGCUUCUGUUAUAUUAAAUUCGAGUGGUUGCAUUCUUUUUUGCAAGUUCUUCUGUAUUUUGUUACGACUUGCCUUUGUAUGCUGAUCAAGAUAAUUUGUUUGUUUCUUUUGGUUAUCUUCAUUUAUUUUAUUUAAAGCCUCAUUUAAUCUUAGUUUAAUAUCAUAUUCUUGUUUUAAAGAUGCUUUGUGUUUCUCUUCCAAUAAUUUAUAAGCGCGUUCUAGUUCCUAUGUUCAAGAGAUGAAUUUGAGUAAGCAUAUUUAAAUUUAUAAUUCAUUGUUACGUCUUUAAAUAUAUAUAUAUAUAUAUAUAUAUAUACCUGUAUUUUUGAAUGUUUCUCUAAGUAUACUCGUUCUUUUUCUUCUUCUAAAAAUUCAAUUUUCUUAUUCAAUUCUACUAUUUUAUAUUCGUUGUCGCGUUUCAUUAUUUGUAAAGAUUGUUCAAGAUUUAAAUUUUGAAUUUGUGCUUCCUUCAAUUUAUUUUCUACGUUUGUAAAAUCAUUUCGUAUAUUUUUAUACUUGUUAUCAAUAAUAUCAAGAUCUUGAGCUAAACUAGUUUCUAUUUGUUGUCUUGCAUUUAAAUUCUCUUGUAAUUUCUCGAUCUAUUGUGAAGAAUAAAAUUAAUUUAUUAUGUAUGAAAGAAAACGUUUGAAUGAAAUUACAAGAUUACUUUACUUUUUGUUCUUUUGAUUGUAAUUGCUUUGAUAGUUCUUCUUCCUUGAUGAUCAAUCUUUCAUAUUUUGAACUUAAUUCAGUAUUUUGACUCAACAAAUCUUCGAUUUUAUUUCUGUUACAAAACCAAUAAAUUAAGAAACUUUAAAAUAUUUAAUUAAUCAAAAAUUAUAAAAAAUGCUCACUUGCAUGUAAUGAUCUUCUCUUGUAAUUUUGCAAUUUCAUCAUCUUUCUCAACAAAUGUAGUAGUUAAGUCUUGUUUCUCUUCCGUAAUCUUUUGUAAUUGCACUUGGAGUUCUUGAUUCAUCGACGUGAGAUUUUCUUGUUUCUGGAAUCAUAACUGCUUACAAUAUUUCACACGUUUAUUACAUCUAUGAUAACAACGAUGAUAACAUAAGUAAAAUAUUUUCCUUAUUUUGGAAGAUUAUUCACGUCUUUCUACUCAAAGUAGGAAAAUUAAAAUAAAAGAAGAAAAAUGUAAAGCAAAAAGUUACUUCUGACCUUUAUUAAUUCUAAUUUUUCUUCUGCAUGAACAUUAUGUAAGUGAUUUUUUUCUAAAAUUGACUUGUUUUUCAUAUCUUGGAAUUGCUUUUUCAAUUCGGUCUCGGCAAUCAUCAUUUCGUGUACUCUAAUAAUAAAUUAAAUGAAAAUUAUUACAUAUACAAUAAAUUAUUCGCAACUUUUUUGUAAGUACCUUUUCUCUUGAUUCUUUACUUUGUUUUCCAUUGUACUAACAAUAUUUCUUUGUUCAUCAUCUACAUAAAAACACAUUAAAAAUUAAGACAAAUGUACUUAAACAAAGUUUCUAAUGAAAUCUAUUAUAUCUAUAUACAUUUCAAUUUCAUAGUGCUUAAUUCCUGCUGCAAUUUCUUCACUGCUGAUUGUUGUGUAAGGAUGACGUCGUUAUAUAACUUUGAUAAAUUAUCUUUGUGCUGUUGAAACCCCUUUAAACUCUCUGAUAUUUCAUAAUAAUAUUUAGUAAUCGAUUCCCAAUCGCUGUUCAAUCUAUAAAACACUGCUAUUAGUCUUUUUUCCUUAUUGCUACAAGGAUAAUAGAUAACUGCAAUAAAUAAUAAAACAAAAAAUUAAAAUCAAUGCAAUAAAUAAUAAAUAACAGUAAUAUGUUACUGUUGUAAAAUUUCUUCCUUAGUUCUGAGCUCGGCCUCGUGUGAAGCAGAGACUAAAGAUAUAGUUUCUUCAGCAACUUGUAGUUUCUUUUGUAAUUUUUGAAUCUUCCGCUCUUCAAUUGCAUACAUUUGCUUCAUCUCUUCCACGAUUGAAUUUUCUUGAACCUGUUCAUUUGAUAUUUAUUCAACAAUCAAAUUUUAUCCAAUAUCUUUUAAUAAUGAUUUUUUAUUAGGAAAAAACAGUAGAACAAUUUUGA